AUCCUCAACAGAGCGUCUCAUCUCUUUUGUGCAGAGGCUAAUCUUUCUCUCCUCGCGAAACACUUCUCAGAACACACUCCUUUCCUCUUUCUCUUACUCUGGUGAACCCCCCCCACCACCACCACCACCUCCCCUCCCUCCCGCCUGCCUCCCUUCCUGCCACUCUUUUUUUGGAGGAGUAGUUGUAAUAAUAACACCAGCAGCGGCUGAACACCAUCGUUUCUCCAUCUACAACUAACGGGAACCGGCUCUCCUGUUGCCAUCUUCUCUCGCUUUCCUCCUCCUCUCCUCUUCUUCUGUGUCGCUGUCUGAUUUAUUCAGCGAUUUCAGAGGCAGUCGGCCGUCAGCCCACAACGCUGUUGGGGGAGAAGAUGGUCGAUGAAAGUCGUUGAGAUGUUGUAAGAGAAGAAACACAGGGAUGCUGGUUGUGAGAUAAUUAGGAACCAUGGGCCAACUGAUGAAUGAUUUGAGCCCUGCAGAAGGAAGGAGAGCAGAGACAGAAGACAGAAGACAGAAGACAGAAGAGAGGCUGAGGGUCUGAGGGUCUGAGGGUCUGGGAGGAAGCAGUGGAAUAGCUGGAUGUUUAACUGGCUCCUAAACUACUGUGACUCUCUUCACAUGAAGAGAGCGGAGAAGAUGAGCCGUGACCAGGACAGGAACGGCGUGAUCACUGGCAGCAUCUUCAGGCAUGAGUCCGUGCCACACUUUACCUCCUGGGCUUCGUCUGCACUGUGAAAUCCUCGUCAUCUCGACACAUCUCGACGGUUUUUGUGUGGGUUCAUGCGCGGGGCGGUCACAGACUCCCGUGGGGGGGCCCUCCCUGACCGCGACCCCGCCGCCGUGAGCUGCUGCUGAGGACCAUGGUCUUGCCAUCGCUGCUCAAGCUCCUCGACGUCUUCCUGCGCCAGUCGACCUUCACCAAAGCUACUGCCGCCAAUCACUGCUGCCCGGCUGCCCUCAUGCCACGCCCACCCGGCCUGCCACUGUCGUGCCGCCGCAGCUGGGGAGCGAGGGGACACUCGCGACGUCUGCCCACUGACGGGAGAGAGGUGCUGUCUCUGGGGGCAGAUGUGUUGCCAGAGUACAAACUCCAGGCUCCUCGUAUCCACAGGUGGACGGUGUUGCACUACAGUCCCUUCAAAGCCGUGUGGGACUGGCUCAUCCUGCUGCUGGUCAUCUACACGGCCAUUGUGACUCCGUACUCUGCUGCGUUCCUCCUCAACGACCAGGAAGAGGCAGCCAUUCAGAAGUGUGGUUACUCCUGCUCUCCUCUCAAUGUGGUGGACCUCAUCGUGGACAUCAUGUUCAUUAUUGACAUCCUCAUCAACUUCAGGACAACGUACGUGAAUUCUAACGAUGAAGUGGUGAGUCACCCUCUGAGGAUCGCUGUGCACUACUUCAAAGGCUGGUUCCUCAUCGACAUGGUGGCUGCUAUUCCCUUUGACCUGCUCAUCUACCGCAACGGAGAGGAGACCACCACUCUGAUUGGUCUGCUGAAAACUGCUCGUCUCCUGCGAUUGGUCCGUGUGGCCAGAAAACUGGAUCGCUACUCGGAGUACGGUGCAGCCGUCCUCUUCCUGCUCAUGUGCACCUUCGCCCUCAUCGCCCACUGGCUCGCCUGCAUCUGGUACGCCAUCGGCAGCGUGGAGAGAAACGGUUCCAUCGGCUGGCUCCACACUCUCGGAGAUCAACUGGGGAAACACUACAAUGACUCCAUCCCAGGGUCAGGACCGUCCAUCAAAGACAAGUACGUCACCGCCCUGUACUUCACCUUCAGCAGUCUGACCAGUGUGGGCUUCGGAAAUGUGUCUCCAAACACCAACUCUGAGAAGAUCUUCUCCAUCUGUGUCAUGCUCAUAGGAUCCCUGAUGUACGCCAGCAUCUUUGGGAACGUGUCGGCCAUCAUCCAGCGGCUGUACUCCGGCACCGCCCGCUACCACACCCAGAUGCUGAGAGUCAGGGAGUUCAUCCGCUUCCACCAGAUCCCAAACCCCCUGAGGCAGAGACUGGAGGAGUAUUUCCAACACGCCUGGUCCUACACCAACGGCAUCGACAUGAACGCUGAUGAUUGGAAGACUUUGUCUCAGCAUGCAUGGUCCGACACCAUCAGAGAAAAUAGGAAAGAUGUCCUGAAAGGUUUCCCAGAGUGUCUCCAGGCAGAUAUCUGCCUCCAUCUGAACCGCACAUUGCUGCAGAACUGUAAAGCUUUUAAAGGCUCUACCAAAGGCUGCCUCAGGGCUUUGGCCAUGAAGUUUAAGACCACCCACGCUCCUCCAGGAGACACGCUGGUCCACGCCGGGGACGUCCUCACUGCCCUCUACUUCAUAUCCAGAGGAUCCAUUGAGAUACUGAGAGGAGACGUGGUGGUGGCCAUCUUAGGGAAGAACGACAUCUUUGGCGAGCCCAUCAACCUGUAUUCUCGCCCAGGUAAAUCCAACGCUGAUGUGAGGGCUCUUACCUACUGUGACCUCCAUAAGAUCCACAGAGAAGAUGUUCUGGAGGUGCUGGACAUGUAUCCUGAGUUUACAGAGAACUUCUGGAACAACCUGGAAAUCACCUUCAACCUUCGAGAUACCAACAUGAUCCCAGGCUCCCCGAGCAGCGAUGACUCCAACUGUGGAGGAUUCAACAAACUACGGAGACGCAAAUUAUCAUUCAGACGGCGUACAGAGAAAGAUGACGCAGAUGCUGGAGAAGUUAAAAAGUCCCAUAAGUCAGUGAGAAGAAGACAGAGGGAGGCAGCUAACCACCAGAAACAGGAGGAGGCGCCCAAGAGACAGUGGGAGACUCAUCGGAGCUCAGUGUCCUCUCGCUCCAGUGGUGAUGAGGGGGACGAGUCUGUCGUGACGGGUCUCGCUCCUCCUCCUGAAAUCCUGGGAAACCCACAGGUCCAGGCCUCAGCCAGGAUCUUCAAAGAGAACAGUGAGGGUGAUGGAGACCCUAAGACUGGGAACACCUGCAACGCCCUGUCAGGUGCUUUCUCAGGUGUUUCUAACAUCUUCAGCUUCUGGGGUGAGAGUCGGGGGGGUGGUCAGUACCAGGAGGUUCCCAGCUGUAGUCUGGCCUCUCCUCCGCCUCUCAACACACCCAUCCACAGCCUGAGCCGCCAACAACGUAACCAGCUGGACACACGACUGGACCUGCUGCAGAAGCAGCUCAACAGAUUAGAGAGUCGCAUGUCCACAGACAUCGGAGCGAUCAUGCAGCUGCUACAGAGACAGAUGGCUCUGGUUCCUCCUGCCUACAGCGCGGUGUCCACACCACCUCAGGUCUCGCCUUACCCUGGUCUGGGUCCGGGACCAGGUCCAGGAGAGAGACUGGUCCAGCCUGUCACAGACACCAUGUGUUCUUUAUCACAGAUCUUGGAUUCCCAGGAUUUUGAGGAAUUCUCGGCCCAGCCCGUCGACCCUGUGAGGAUCCAGGACUCCAGCAGCCAGGAUCAGAACUCUCCCUCUGUGCUCAACAGCCUGGGGCAGCACCUGGAGCGGGAGCUGGGUCUUGGGACUGAAACAGGGCUUAUAUCGCGGCCUGGAGUGAGUUCAGGUUCAGGUUUAAGCCUGGAGUUAGGGAGAAGUGGGGCAGCAGUGGGAUCAAGCUUAGGAGCAGGGCUGGAUUUGAGUUCAGAAGUGUGUCAUGUGACUGGGACUGGGCUCACGACUGGAGCUCCUCCUCUGGAUCCUGAAAGUCAGAGGAGGCGGUCCCUCCCAGAACCACAGACACCUGUAGACUCAAGGACACCACAGAGGCACAGCUCCGACCCAGGAGGGAGCUAAGGACGAGGUGUCAGGUGUGGGGUGAGUGGGAUGAGGGUGAGGAUGAAAGUGUGAUGUUUGAUCAGUUCCUCCUGUCUUCAGCUCACCUGACACUUUGGACAUCAGGACACACCAACUGUACCUCCACCAAAAAAAACCCUUUAGCACACCGUCACCCUCUCAAGUAGGAACACACUGCUCAGCCAGAGUGAGUGUGUCCCUCACCCCCUCACUCCCUCACCCCCUCCACUUCCACCCCUGACCCUUUAAUGAAACAUCUGGAGCUUUUUGAACUUCUCAACAAUACAAUCUUGAAACCAAAACCAGAAAGAGAGCAGAGAGGAAGCUCAGAUCCUCUGCUCUGGACUGAGAGUGAAAGGACUUGAUCCUCACGUGAACGACUGCUGACCUGUAGAAGAAUCCCUUUACUGCUGACUCGACCAGAACAAGCAACAUCGGACAGAAGGACGAUGAAACAAGUAGCCAUUUACGUCUUGCACUGAAAAUCUUAUUACUAUAACGAUGAUUCUAUUCUUUAUGUCUGCGGCGCUUCCGAGAAACUCGAAAAGUGGUUUGUAAAUUGUGUUAGUGUUAGCUGGCCUAACAGGAAACUGCUGUCCUGCUCUAUCGUGGGUUCCUUCCCUCUGAUCUCCUGCCCCAAGAGGUCAAAUCACCACACCCCGCCCCCCCCCUUCCCAAGAGCACACUGGAUUGGCUGGUUUGCACCUCAGGGGUGGGAACGAGGGUUAAAAGCCAUGAAUUUUCUCAAUGAACAUAUCAGCUGCCCUAUCAGAAACAAAGUCCAGGUUUGCUAGUGAAUGAAGAACACAGGCACGCUGCGGCAGAGUCGCUCACAGGUAAACUGGCAAACUUACAAGUUUACCAUGAGGACAGAGCACCAGAGAACUUCAGUUCUUCAGACACGGUGACGACAAACACGGCAAAGCUUUGAGUUUCACUCUGACGUCAAAGCACAGACAUGAAGGUUGUUCACACAUGAAUUUGCUACCUCAGAUUUCAUUGGUCCUUACUUUUUCACCUGAGCAAACACCCACAAUGCUUUACCUUGUACAUAAACGUCUGUCAUGUGAUACAUAAAUACACAAGUUUGCCAGUUUACAGAGACCAGCCCAAUGCGCCGUUAUUCUAUGUACAGUAUAAUAUGCAAACACUGGCAAGAAGAGUUGAGUGAGUGUGCUUUACAAUUAUUAUUAUUAUAUGUAUUAUAAUUAUUAUUAUUAUUAUUAU